AUGGACAGAAAAGUUACAUAUUCAAAAACCACUACACCUCACUCAACAGUUUCUUCUUCCCAAACUCAUAAAGUUACUCUGCAACCAACGACUUCCAGCCCUAACCUUCCUUUUGCGAAUCCCUCUAGUUCUAACUUCUCACCUGUCUUUUCACUUACUUCUUUCACACCUAUUCUCCCAAUAGAAGCCACAACAUCUAUCUAG